UAUGGUGUACUUUCUACCUACGACAACCACUGGUUCCUAUGCCGGCCAAAAGAUAACCCAACCGAACAGCAGAUUUCACCUACUCCGCCAUUUGGUUCAAUUUCACCACCAGUUCUAAAGGCAUACGCCUAUCUCAUUCAUAUUGCAAAAGAUGAUCCUGAACCCCCUCACCCGGAUAUAAUUCCUGAGUGA